AUGGGAGAUCCAAUUUCUAUUGGGAUGGUUAUGAGUGUCGGUUCUACUGCAAUUAAAGGCAUUGGCGAACUUGUAACCGAAUUUAGUGAAGAAUUUCGUAUUGGACGACUUGUACGAGUUAAUCAUUAUAAACGUAAAUUCGACAAACUGAAGGCACAAUUAAAAGAAUAUAAAGAACGUUUUAUGUUUAUUAUGAGUACCCUUAAUUUUGCAAACACAGCAUUAUCCAAUCGUUAUGGAUACAAACGAUCAAAACGUGAUAACGCCCAUCGAAAUCACCAACUGACACCUUCAAAUAGUUUUAUUAUGAACCCAAAUCAUUAUCAAUAUAGACCUUAUGUAUAUCAACAUAUGUACCGUGGAUCGGUAUCUUAA